UGCUGUGCCGUCUGAUGUCUGGUAGGCUAGGGUGAAUGGUCUUGGAGAUGGACCAUUCAUGGUUGGUUCAUAGAUGAUGGCACAGAGCUCCACAACAGUGUUCCCUUCUGGAGUGGUGUACUCUGUCAUUGUGUACUCUGUCAUCUCUGCAUUCUUCUUCGCCAGAAUCAUUGAUUGUGACUGUAGCUUGAGGCACAGUCACAUUGAUAUCAGGAAUACCACUGUCCAGGGCAAUGAUGGACAAAAAAUUCUCGUU